CUUUACUGCAUAUCCUGAUAAGGUCCCGGUAUUCCGGUAUUUCGGGAUACUGUGUAACCAUUGAAGAUAUGCCAUAAUCAACACAAUCGAUUUUCUUUGACAUCUGACAAUAUUUCCUCAACACUAAGUCAAUUAUUACACCAAACGUUAUCACUUCAAAAGACACCUCCAACCUUUAUACCCCCGAGAAUAUACAUGCUCAUUCCAAGAAGAAUAUGAGUUCAUUCACUCGCGCCGCUCUUCCCGUUGGUCUUGCUGUAGCCUUUGGAGUUUGGAACGCUUAUUAUGUUCUAGAUCCUGCUUUCAAGGAACAACAAGAGAAAACACUGCAGCGCCUGGCAAAGGAUAACCAGCAGUUAGAUAAAGUGACCGAAGUCAAAGACAGCACACAACAGAAAACGCCCAAGACAGACACUUUAUACAACCGCUAGCUAUGUUUAAUCAUUGGAUACCUAGUAUAUCGAAUAAUUUCUAUAACCUCUUGUGAGGUAUAGAUGGUUAAAUAAUAGCAAUUGACAAAUACUCCGGAUGUUAGUUAUACCACAUUUUCAUCCUUGACAGCCUACAACAUCCAUAAGAAUGGAUAUAGAAGCUUUUUAAGAUCACGUCUAUAGCUUAAACAGGUAUCUUCUUACUGAGAUAAUUACAAUAUAUCGAGAGCCAUAUAUAAUGAAUAGAUUCAAUAGUU